CUACUGUGCGUUUCGUCAUGAGUUUGUAGAUAAUAUCAAGUUUCCCCGAAAUGCUGUCUAGGAACCGCAUUAUCUAUGCUAGCCCAUUGCUGUUACAGAAGAGAAAUAUUGCAAGUCAGCUUGGGAAGCUAGCAGCGAGGCUUUUACGGUUUCGGUACCUGGCAUUAGGUGCUGGUGUUGGAGGUUCCUACACAAUAUCAAAGAAGUACGACGAAUUGAAGGACUUUUUUCCUGAUAUAUCUAUCAAAGAUUACAUCCCCGUUGAUGAUGUAAGAGAGACGCUGAAGCAUCUGAGGGAAUAUGCAAACGACCUCGCCGGAUCUAUGAUGACUUCUUCAGAAAAAAAGAAGGAUUCGCUCACAGCUUCGAUGAAAUACGAAGCCACAAAAGAUGUAGGAGAUGUUCCAUUACCGGUUUCCGAACAGAUUGACAGCGCUAAAAAGCCGGCAAAAAGCCAAGUUAAGCAUGUUACUGUUGAGGAGUUGCAAGAGGCCAUCUUCAAAAAUGAGUUGGCUUUUCAUAAACGUAUUGAAGCUCUGCUGCAGGAGAAUAGAGAACUACGUAAAGAGUUGCUUUUGAAGUCUCAGAAGUCUGCACAGAAGGGUCGCAUUAACAAAUCAUUGAUUGAUAUGUAUUCAGAAGUUCUAGAUGAACUAUCAGACCUGGAUUCGGCGUACAAUGCCCAGG